AUGGAUAUGGGAAGAGGAAGAGGUCGGCACCAUAAAACCAUAUUUUCUAUCUCCAACAACAACAACAACAUCAACGCAGAAGCAAAUACUACUUGCGACUACAAUGAGAGGAAGAUCGUGCGUAGGGAUAAUGAACGCCAAAGAAGGCUACAAAUGGCGUUUCUUAAUUCCUCACUUAGAUCAAUACUACCUCUUGAAAUGAUUAAGGGCAAGCGUUCGGUCUCAGAUCACAUGCACGAGGCUGCAAAUUAUAUAAAAUACCUGAAGAACAAGAUCGAAACACUGAAAAUCAAGAGAGAUGAGCUCAAAAACUCGUUCGAUUCGAGUGCACAAAGUAGCGAUUCCGGAGGUAGAAGCUAUAACUCCGGAAACUUGCUUAACUCCGUUAUUGUUCUCCCUUGUUUGGGUGGAGUAGAGAUUGUUAUUAGCAGCAGUUUGGUCCUAUCGAGAGUGCUUGAAAUAUUGCUUGAAGAAGGACUUAACGUCGUGGGGUGUUCUUCCACCAGAGUGAAUGAGAGAUUAAUCCACACUAUUCAGUCUGAGGUUGUCGAUCUGAAUAAUACUAGCCUUGAUCUGAAUGAGCUGCAACAAAAGCUGUAUGCUCUCUUGUGCAGCAUUUCCCAGUGA